AUGGUGCAAACGAAUCAUCAUUCCCAUCACUCUCAUCAUCGUGAGGCCGAAGAAGCUCAUUCCGAUGAAGGCUCGAGUCAUCACCAUCCUCAUCACGAAGAAGAAGAAAUAACGAACAAGAAUUUCAAAAAUCAAACAACCCCAUAUGUGAUGAAAGAACGUCUGAAUCAUCUCUUGGAUAAAUUAAAACCUGCACUUGGGUGGAUAUCAUGUAUCAUGGUCCAUGUCUUGUUUGGAAUACAUCCGAUAUUUUCGAGAUAUUUACAAUCACAAUCCGAAAACAAGCUUCCUUCCUUAUUACUUAUUACAAGUUGUCAUAUUGCAGCAAUAUUAAUCUAUUUACCCAGAAUGAUUUACCUUUUAAUUGUUCAUGUGAAAGAUAGAAUUUCAAAAAAGAGAAUUCCAGCAAGAGCGCAAGAAGAACAUUCCAAUGACCAGUCAAACCAAAAUGAAGAUUUAACUCCCAUUGCAAGCAGUGGAGACAAUUUAUGGAAAAGAAUCAAGGAAAAAGUGAGACAAUUUUUACCACUGACGUGCUUUUGCAUUUCACUUGUGACAAGAUCUGUGACGAAUAUCAUGUCUUCAAAAUUUACAAGUGCAAUUUUUGUACAGCUCUUUGCAUUGACAACACCAUUCAUUUUGGCCUUUGUGACAGUUUUUGUUUAUAACAAGUGGUUUUUGAGAGGACAUGCUAAGGAAUCAUUUGGAUUGAAAGCAUGGAUUUCUAUGAUUUUAACUGUGAUAGGAGGAGUAGUCAUUAUUAUUGGAAGCGUGGUUAAAAAGAGUGAAACACCACAGCCAUGGUAUGCAUUCUUCUAUACGUAUGCCAUUAAUUGGAGCUCGUUUUCAGAACACAUUACUUGGUGGGAUUUAUUGGGUAUUUCAAUGUCACUCAUUUCGAGCGCUUGCUUAGUUUGGUAUAUGCUCUGUUUGAGGUACAUGAAGCAAGAAGAAAAGUCGAAUAUUGUGACUGUGACGGGAGAGAAUUUAUUCAUUCUUCAAAUAUUAGUCAUGGGCUUUAUAUUUUUAAUUCCAAGUGUCAUUGUUGAUGAUUGGACAAUCUGGACAAAACUCUCAACCAAAGAUUGGAUCAUGUUCUUUAGCUUUACCAUUUUCGUUUUCAUGCUUGCCAACCACUUGAACAUUUUUGCCAUCAGUACUUUGGGCUCCUCAGUCGUAGGAUCAAUUUUAGCGUUACGAUUAGUUUCAACCAUUGUUUUCAGCAUUCUCAUAUUACAAGAGAGUCUCAAGUCCAUUUGGCAAUUACUGGGAUGUCUAAUCGUGUUGACAUCAGUCUCCUAUUUCAUGUACACAGAAUAUCAACAGGAAAAGGCCAAGAAAAAACAAGAAAAGAUGGAAAUUAAGGAAAAAUCUGAAGAACCUAAUGAGAUUCAAAUGAAUGAAGAAAAUCAUGAUAAGAAUGAUCCUCUCGAAGCUGACACUGUGGAACUCAUUGAAAAUCCACAUUCCAAAAAGGAAUCGAAAACAAAACAACAACAGGAAGAACAAAUCGAUGUUGGAGAAACACUUUAG